CUGUGAUGGUGGUGGAGCCGAGCCCGAGCGUGUCGCGCACCAUCAAGCUGCUCGUCGCGGUCUCCGUGUGCGACAUCGUGACGCCCGAGUGGGUCGACGCGUGCCGCGCCGCCGACCAGUUCGUGCCGGUGGACGCGUACUUGCUCGGCGAGUGCACUGUCUCGAGCAAGGGAGUCAAAGUCCCUUGGGACGCCGCCAAGGCGCGCACGCGCGCCGCCGCCGCGCCCUGCCUGCGCGGCCGCACCUUCUACAUCACCAAGACCACCUCUCCGGACGCCGACAAGCUCAAAAUCAUCAUCGAGAAGGCGGGCGGCGCCACGGUGGAGACGCUGCCGACUACCGCGCCGCGCUCGCCGCUGGUGGUGGUCUGCACCGACAGGGACCGGCGCGAGCUGCAGCGUUUGCAGGCGUGUGCAGCGUUUCGCAGGGAGAGGAGUGCGGUCUGCCGAACCCUCACGCGCCCACCCUCGCCCCGCCUCAGGGAAUGCGCAACGUCUCGGAGCUGCGUGACGCCGAGCUGCUCGCGUAUCUGCUGCAGCAAAAGUACGGCUGA